AAUAGCCCCGUCCCUAAUCCCCUCGUUUCACCUCCUUCCUCUCAGCCCUGUGCGCCUCCUGCACUCUGAGCCGGAGUCGUGCAUGGAGUCUGGACUCAGUCUGUGAGCGCUCUGGAUUUUACACUGCAGCACUUUUUGAAAGGACUGUCUUUUUAGCCAGAAAUAAAUUAUUGAGGGAAAUGCAAAGGAGGCAAAUCCGUCUGAGUGACAGCGAGAGGACCUGGGAACAGUGAAGGUGGAGAGGACAGGUGGAGCACUACAGCGUAAUUACUUCUAACAGGGCCGGACGCUCGAUGCAUCUCUCUCUGGACACCAUGAUGGUGGACGACAGCUGCCUCUCACCCAGCAACUUCCACGAUCUGGGGAAAGGUGGGGGGGUCUCUGUGGGGGGCCGCGUCCACAGCAUCGACGUCAUCCUGGGGUUCAGCAAGGACCAGGACCCCCUGCUCAGCCCUGCUGGAGCCCUGCGGACCCACAAAGUGGACUUAGAGGACCUCGGGGAGCCUCGGGGGCCCCAGGAAAACUCCUCCUUCAGCGGGCAUCUCUCCUCGCUGAGGAGCGGCACCGAGGCGUACCAUGAUACCGGCCUGUUCACCAACAAGUGUGAUGAGGAGCUGAGUGAGCUGAGGAAGAGUGUGGAGAGCGACGAGGGGAAUUCUCCGGACCCCUGUCAGGACGAACAGCCAAAGAAGAAGCACCGGAGGAACCGAACCACCUUCACCACCUACCAGCUGCACGAGCUGGAGCGAGCCUUCGAGAAAUCCCACUACCCCGACGUCUACAGCCGCGAAGAGCUGGCCAUGAAGGUCAACCUCCCGGAGGUCCGAGUGCAGGUCUGGUUCCAGAACCGCAGAGCUAAGUGGCGCCGGCAGGAGAAGAUGGACGCCAGCACCAUGAAGCUGCACGACUCCCCCAUGCUCUCCUUCAACCGCCAGCCCCAAGUCCAUGCCGGCAUGGGCCCCAUGAGCAACUCCCUCCCCCUGGACCCGUGGCUGUCCUCCCCCCUGACCAGCGCCACGCCAGUGCACAGCAUCCCGGGCUUCAUGGGUCCGGCUCAAAGCCUGCAGCCUAGCUACCAGAGCCACGGCUUCCUCAACUCCGCUCCUCACCCUCACUCCCAUCCUCACCCGUCCAUGGGUCAGGGGAUGCAGAGCAUGGCGCCUCCCCCUUACCAAUGCACGGCGCAGUACCAGGAUAAAUACCCCCUGGAGGACGUGGACCAGCGCAGCUCCAGCAUCGCGGCUCUGAGGAUGAAAGCCAAGGAGCAUCUGCAGUCCAUGGACAAGACCUGGCACCCCAUGUGACUAACAAGUGAGGAAGGGAGACAUUAUGGAGGGUUUUUUUGGGGUACAGACAUUGACUCAAAUGCUGGAUAAUAUGGAAGAGACGUGUCUGAUACGCACGGGGCAACAAAAGGACUUUGAACUGUGAAACCUGAGGAUUAAAGGACUUUCUUUGGACUAUUCUUCCUCAUCUCAAGGAGACAAGUGAACUCUUCUGCUUGUUAUGAUGUCAUAUUUAAUCCUUCUCCUUCCAAUCUAAAAGCUCUGGCGCUUCCUUGAGUGAAAUAAACGCACAAACUCUAUCUGGUGACUUUUAGACCUGGAAGAGAGGACAUUUCUUUCCCUAUCAGCACACUUCCCAUCGGUUGAAUGCAUACUUUCAUCCUUAAUCAUGAACACUUUUCAAUGCAUAGAGAUGUUUAAAGGUCCCCAGUGAAAGCUCCAUAAACAGGGAAUCACGCAAAUAUUGGUAUUAUAUUUGCUCUCACCACUUUUCUGUUAUUUCUGUCGGUGAAGAAGUCCUACAUUCUGUUUCAUUUCCCCAUUUUCUUCUUACUAAUUAAUCCAAUUGUCUCAUGUUCACGGGUCAGCUGAUCAGAGAGUACUUUGUGAAGGAAAGUGUGGUCUCACUUUAAUGCGAGAGCAGCUUUUUAAAAAAUCAAAUCAGCCUCUCUGACUGUUAAACUAAUCUGUUGAUUUGUGAAGAAACACGUCAGCUGAACUCCUAAUUAAAGCACGGCUGCAGAUGAAUUAUGUAGCUUAGAUAUCCGGGAUGAUAUUUGUGGGAACCAGAGUCAGACAUGUGACCACGCCUGAGAAUAUACCAAAAAAAUAAUCCUGCACAAUCUUUUUAUUCCCAAUUAGACGCUUUAAAGCAGGAGAUGCAUGCAUGCUGCAGAGCGGGGUGCAACACGGUGUUUGCAUGAGUGGCUGCUUGAGGAGGAGACCUGUUGGCAGCUCGGUGUUGGUGCAGUGUGUACGUGCAGGGCUGCAGAAAGAGCGCUGUGUGAUGCGUCACCCCGCAUAGUUCAGUCUUUGUCCGGCACAAUUGAUCCAAGUGUGUCCUCUUUGUCUGAAAUGGACGGGGCGGAGCGGACGGCCGGCACUAAAUAGGCCCUUGAAACCAUUUGGUCUUUCUUUUCUCAAUCAAAGGAGGAACAUGGGUCGUAGCUGCUAUGGUCAUUAGUGACACAGUAUCCCCCCCCCCCCAUCUGUGAAUUGAAUGUGUUUCAUAUGAGCAGUAGAGCUACACAUGUUGGUAAUGAGACUUUUUAACAGGUAGCAUCUCACGUUACAGGAACGAGAGGGAGAGGAAAUCCUUCAUCUUAAAGUGCAAUUUCAGACGUGUUUUUUAUAUCAUUUUUUUAAAAAGGAGACAAAUUACCCCCCUAACGUUGUGAUAUUUCACCUUUAUAUGAAGUCAUGCACACACUGCACUACAUUACAGCAACAACAACAACAACAACAACAACAACAACAACAACAACAACAACGAUAUAAAGUCCAUUUUAAAACCUGCUCAGAGAGGGAAACACACUGCUGCUCGUCUUUAGUCUCAUGUAGUUUUUAAAUGUUGUUGGUUAGUGUAUUUAGCUCCCCAUUGGACACAUGCCAGGCCCUCACACUGUAGAGGAGUACCCUGCACAUCUUCUUUAGCAUGUUAUAAUGUGAUUUUUGGACCAAGAACAAGCCAAAGGUUAUAUAAACUGGACAAAAAAAUGCACUAGAGGUUUUAGUUUUCUAUGUGAACAUGUGUUUCCUAGUUUCUGUCCCAGUGAUGUUUUGUCUGAUGUGCUGGUGAAGAAUGAAGAUCUACUGAAAAAAAUAAAUAUAGUUUGAUAGAAAUCUCCUCUUUCUCACUGCUUUCAUGUUGACCUGUGCACUCGUUCCCACACCGGCUCUGUAUUUCCAAGAUUACUAAUCGUUAUCAUCUGACAUACAGAGGCGUUU